AUGGGGUCGAAAGAGGUUGCUAUUGGUGAUGAUGUUAUUGUAGAUCUUAAGGUUAGAAUAGGAGGUGUGUUUGUGAACAGGAAAGUAAAGGGGAAAACUUUGUGUGGAUAUGAGGGUGGGUGGGAUUAUUGGAGUUCCUCCAGUUCUGAAUUCAGUGACAUUGACAUAAAUUGGGAAGCAGGAGAAGAGGAGGGGGAUGAGGAGGAUGCUGAUACAUAUGUUAAGAGCAUACUUGAUGAAGUGAAUGCAAGUUUAAAGGGUGUAAGGGAGGAGAGUGAACAUGAGCAGUCGUGUAUGCUUGAGAGUGAGCUGGUGACCAAGGAGGUAACUCUACAGAGAGAGUUUACAUCUGAUUCUGAGGAUUUGGAAAGCCUUAGAGGUUCUGAUGAUAAGACAGAAAAUUACCCAUGUGUAGAAGAAGGUGCCAGUGCUUAUGGGGAUUCUAAAAGGUGUAGGCUUCCUAAGUGCACUUGUGUUGGGGGAAGGAGAUGUAAGUUUAGGGUGGUUGCAAGGAGGUCUUUGAAUCAAGAUUUUUGGCAAAUCAAGGGUCUUCAUUUGAAGCAUAACUGUUUAAGGAUCAGAAGCAACCUAAAUAUCACAGCUGAAUUUUUAGCUGAACAGUAUAUUGAAGACUGGAGGAGUAACCCAAGUUGGAAACUGAAGAGCUUUAGAAGGAGGGUUUUAGGGGAUCUUGGUAUUGAAAUUACAUACAGUAAAGCUUGGAUGGCUAGAGCAAGGGUUAAACUUCUGAUAUAUGGAUCUGCAGCUGAACAAUAUGCAAGGGUGUGGGACUAUGGGAAGGCAUUGAUGAAAUACAACCCAAGCACUGAAUGCAAUGUUGUAGUUGAUGGAAUUGAUAGGCCUGAGCCCCCAUUAUUCUUGAGAAUGUUUAUAUGCCUUGCACAUCAGCAAAGGGAUUUAUGUCAGAUAUUAGUUGCAGUGGGUAAAGAUGGAAACAACAACAUCUAUCCUAUUGCAUGGGCCACAGCUGAAAUAGAGAACACAGAGACUUGGGUUUGGUUUUUUGAAAGUCUCAUGAAAUCCCUUAAAGAUGAAAAUCAAGGAUUGGGGUAUACUUUUAUGUCAAAUAGGCAAAAGGGGUUGCUUGAAGCAUUGCAACAAGUUGUGCCAUAUGCAGACACUAGGUAUUGUGUCCGAUAUAUUUGGGCAAACUUCAAGUUGCAGUUUAGUGGAGCUAAAUUCAAGGAUCUGUUAUGGCCAACAGCAAGGGCAACAACACAGUGUGACUUUGAAGUAGCAAUGGAGUCAAUAAAUUUUUUGUCUGAAGAAGCUUAUAAUUAUCUUGUUGAUAUCCCUGCUGAUCACUGGUCUAGGCAUGCUUUUAGUGCUUUCCCUUAA